ACAACGACGGCGCGACAAACGACAAACGACGUCUCACUCUCAUCAACGAGCAAGUCUCGCCGACGACAUCGCAACCAAGACUCUUACGCGAUCAUCACUGUAACCCUCGCGCUCAACGACGCACACUGGCCCCCCAUCACACCGGCCUCCGGUACCUUCCCCCUUCCCCCAUGCGCUCCCUCCCGCUGCUGCUCGGCCUGGCGGUCGCCCAGCGCGCCGCAGCCUUCGUCUUCACCGUCGACGGCUCUACGGUUAACGAGUGUGGACAAACGCAGUUCAACUGGACUGCCGGCACGCCGCCAUACUACAUCACUGCUAUCGCCGAUUUUGACACGUCGGUCAAUCAAUCGAUCCCAGACUCGGCGAUCAACAGCAACGGCGGCGGCUCAUACCAGUGGACUAUGCCUUAUAAUGCUGGCAACCGUACUGUGUUUAUCAUGUCGGACGCGACCGGGUUCGCGACUGGCGGCGCAUCCUUGCUCUACACUGUCGGCCCGCGACCAAGUGGUGCCAGCUGCCAGCUGCGCAAUAGCAAUGUUGCGUGGACCUUUGAUAUGCAGCCGGGUAACAAUAACCUGCCGCAAUGCGGCGGGCUGUCCUUUACAUGGACCAACCAGGCGGUGGGGCCCGUGACCUUCACAGGCGUGAUCCCCGGAGGCCAAGUGUUGCAGUGGACUGCGUCGGGCGGCAAGACGACCUACAAUGUCAAUAUUCGCUCUGGCACACAGGUACUCUUCGCCGGGUGGGACUCGCGAGGCAACCAAGGGGGCACAAGCGCGCUCCAGACGGUGACAAGCGGCAACUCAAACUGCAUCAACAAUGACUCGCCGAGCUCGACGCCAGUCCAAUGGACGCCUACGAGCACUGUCGGCGCCCCCACGGACAUUUCAAGCUCUAGCAAGAAGCCAACGACGACUUCUGCUUCUCACGGAGUUAUCAUUGUUACAGAGACAGCGCUUGCAAGCGGUGGCCAAGGAUUGUCGACCGGAGCCAUUGUCGGGAUCGCGAUCGGCGCUGUCGUCGUUGUGUGUAUCCUGCAGGCCAUUAUUGUGUGGUGCUGCUGCCGGCGCAGGGUCAGCGAGCACAUGGCCAGCCGGCGCGCUCAGCGCGCCCGCGCAAAGCUGUCCAAGGCCGGCGAUGUCGACCUCUAUGACCGCAGAGGCAGCAACUACCCGUCCGAGAAUGCGGCGGCGUGGGGCCAGAGAUGGCGCGACGACGAGGCGGCAAGCAACGUGUCCCCGUUCAUUCCCGCACCGAACCGCACUUCGGGCUUGACAAGUGGCCACUGGGAGUCGAACACCGUCCACACCUCGCUGCAUGACCCGUUCAACCCGCCACCCAUGGACACGGGGUACGACUUGUCUGCUCGCCCGUCGUUCACCGACGAUCGCACGAGUACCAACGAGGGAUCAACGCUCCCCCCGGGCGCGGGUUAUGGCUCACAAGGGCAUGCCAGGGACGAGGUGUACGCGGGGCGGACGGCCGAGUCGACGCACGGCGGACGAGGGAACGAGUCUGCGUAUGGCGGGCGAGGGAACGAGUCUUCCUAUGGCGGGCGGGGGAACGAGUCUGCGUACGGCGGCUACGUUGCCGGCUCGUCGAGCUCUAGCAGCGGCCGCCAGGCCGCAGCGCUGCCACCCAAGUCUGCGCUGGCGCUCGCGGCGCUCAACCCCGAUCCCGUGCGGCAGUCGUUCCAGUCAGAGCACCAGCCACCAUUGGAAGCCCCGCCCGGCGGCUUCAGGCGGCACGAGGAUGCCGGUUCGCUCACCCCCACGUCGCAGGACGCGCUGGUGAUGGAGGACUUGCCGCCAACAUACGACCCCGACUGGCAUAAAUGAUCCAUAUCUUAAAUAUCGGACUCUGCACUAGCAAUGUAGUAUAUAAUAUCGUACACGCGCGACUGGGUCGCAUGGCAUGCGGCCGAGGUCGCACACACUCUUUUAGCACAUGUAUGACUGGGAUGGCAG